CGGAUGCAUAUCAACAUGGUGCCCUGGGAGGUCAUUCUUCUGUCUCUGCUUUAUUGUAAUUCCUAUAUGUUGGCUGCUCACCAUAGAAAUCAAGCUCUGUAUCCACCAGCCCUGAGGAUGAAGAGAGGAAUGGCAUUGAAACCCAUAUUUCAGAAUUCAAUAAGUGAUGUCAAUCUGCUCUAUGAGAUUCUGCUGACAGGGUUACGGUUUGAGGAUGAGCAAGGUAGGUUCUCCGUGCCAGAUCCAGAGCUGGCUUCUCUUCGUCAGACGCAGAGGCUGGAAACGAUCUGUAAGGACGUCCUACCCAAGAACCUAUCCAGCGUGCGUCGUCUUACCUCCGACCUUUCCCAGCGCGGUGGGACUCUGCAGCAUGACGACUUUGAAUAUGCUGUCCUGACUCUACUUUACACAGCUCACCAAAUGGCCAAGGCAAGCACUCUUCAUCAGAGAGAUGCCUGGGCAGAGUCUUUUGUGGACCUUUACAGAGCCAUAAAGACUGAUCUGACGGCCAAAUAA